AUGCGUGCAGCUGUGGAUUUGACUGGAGGGCGAUGGAGGUUGGUGGUAAACAGGCAAAAGGAGAAACUUUUCUACUUGUUUUGUGCUCAAAGGAAAAGCGGGAAAAAUGUUUCUUGUGUCUGGGUUGUUCCUUUUAGUUGACCUUUUGUGUUCCUCAUCAACAUUGUCUCUUGUACUUAGUUGGUCGAUAUCUCGAGAGAACGGCGUAUCGACUCAUACCGCAAUGGCACUAAGAUCGAGUAAGCACGCGCUGAAUCAAAGUUAUGGCAUGGUGUUAACGGAUUCUCUGCUCGUGCCCAAGGCAACAGCACGGACUCGCCUAAAACGGACCAUUGAGAUGUAUGUUUACCGAGAUGAAGUGCUAUCCUCAAUUGCACACACAAUAAACUGAGAGGAGUGCACACACAAAUUACUAUACUCAUUGAGGUCGCUCUUGCCAAGAUCAGUAUUUUAGGGUAUCUAGUCGCCAUAUC